AGAAUAAUUAUUGCUUCAUAAUCGCCAAAAACUUCAUCAACUUACAUGUAAUUCACAUAGAAUAUCUAUAGGCCACUCCCAUAGAUCCCAUCAAUACGUAAUUGAAAAGGUCCUACUUUUUUUUUUUUCCUCUUCUGGAAGUAGAACGGCUGUUUCCAUGAAAUUUCUCACUACUAAUCUUCUGUCAGCUUAUCCUUAAAACCCAAGAAAAGAAAGCAAAGCUUCUAAAUCUUUCAAGUUCUGCAAAUUCUACAAGAAAAAUGGAUAGCAUUUCGCUUGGAGAAAUCACAAGGUUUAGCGAAGAACUGAUAAGGAAAACAUGUUCAAUUGCCAUGACAGCACACAAGUCACCGGAAAAGCCAUACCUUAUGGAAAAAUCUCGUACCUCGUCAGAUGUUUUCAUCAGCUUCCCUGGAUCCUGGUCUGUGGGUCAUUGGUUUACUCGAAAACCUUUCGGGGCAAUUAAGAUUGAUCGGUCAGGGUUGCUGUCUCCCAAGGAAAACGAUAAAGUUGCCACAUCUCUUAGAAAUAUUGGUCGUGAUGAACUUGCAACCGUUAAUGAAGGGUUUUUGAGAAGUUUAGAGAUGAUUUUGGCAAAUUCUUCGCUUCAAAGUGAGGUAGAAAAAGCUAUUUCAGAGAAGAAGCAGAUAGUUUUUGCAGGGCAUUCCUUUGGAGGUGCUAUUGCUAUUCUGGCAACAGUUUGGUUGUUGGAGAACUACCUAAAAUCUGAGAAAACUCGGAUGUCACCUCUGUGUGUGACUUUCGGAUCUCCUCUUGUUGCUGAUUUCAUUUUUAACCAUGCUCUUAGACGGGAGAACUGGUCGCAGUACUUCCUACAUUUUGUUAUGAGAUAUGAUGUUGUCCCUCGAAUUUUGCUUGCUCCUUUGACUUCCAUGGAACGAGAACUACAGCAGAUUCUUGAUCUGUUAAACCAAAAGGCGGUGUUUCCAAUUCAGGGAUCUAUUGCAGAAGCAUCAAAGUUUUACAUAACUGUGAUGAGAAAUGCAUCAGCUCUUGCCAGCCAUGCUGCCUGUCAACUAAUGGGAAACACAAAUCCCAUAUUGGAGACAUUUGCAAGCUUCAUUGAUCUAAGCCCUUAUAGACCCUGUGGAACUUUUGUCUUCUGCACUGGAAAUGGAAAGCUGGUUGUGGUAAGAAACGCGGAUGCUAUUUUGCAGCUGCUGUUCUACUCUUCUCAGUUGUGCUCCGACGAAGAACUUGAGGCCAUUGCUGUGAGAAGCCUCGACAGCCACUUCGGUUAUCAAAGUGAGCUUCAAGAAAGCUUAAAUAUGCAAAAUGUUGUUCACUUAGAUCAUUUGGAAGGGCUUCCACUCUCCUCAAAUGGCGCAGCUACUGAGAAUAUAGCAAUACACACGGCCUUAAAUGACCUUGGCCUGAGCACUAGGGCAAGGCUGUGUCUUCGGGCUGCAGGAGAGCAGGAGAAGCAAAAACUAAAUAACUAUCAAAGAAUAGAUAAGAAAAAGGCAGACAUUGAAGCAGGACUGGCAAUGCUAGAAGAAUACAAGAUAAAAUCUGCAGUUCGCCAGGUGGGCUAUUAUGAUGCCUUCAAGAUUUCAAAAGACGAAGAUGAUUUCAAAGCAAAUGUAAAGAGGCUGGAACUAACAGGAAUAUGGGAUGAGAUAGUUGAAAUGCUGAAUAGGUAUGAACUCCCUGAAGUAUUUGAGAGCCGAAAAGUUUGGGUUGAGCUUGCAACCAAGUACCGUCGCAUCGUUGAGCCUUUGGAUGUCGCUAACUAUUAUCGACAUGCAAAGAAUGAAGACACCGGACCCUAUAUGAACAAGGGCAGGCCAAGACGCUAUAGAUACACCCAAAGAUGGCGUGAGCACGCCUUAAGAAUGCCUGUUGGAUCAAGUGUAGAAUCCUGUUUCUGGGCUGAGGUAGAGGAGCUGCAGCUCUGCAGGACCACUAACCCAGGAGCAUUUGAAGAUAUCAGGGAAAGAGUUCUAAACCUGGAAAGAAAAUUGGAGGACUGGAUUCAUGGUGGGCAAAUAAGCAAAGACGUGUUUCUGGAUGGCUCCACCUUUACUAAAUGGUGGAUACACUUCCUCACCAACAUAAAUCAGUCUCUCGAAUCCAGGGGUUAAUGAACAGCUAAGCUGAGAAAUCCAAGCUAUUUUUUGUAUGGCUUGGAGAAACUGAUAUACAUGCCUUGUGGACUGAUCUGGCUGCUCAUUGGCUGCAGCUAUCUCAGCUGUUCGUGGGUCAACAGUUUUGAGUUUCAUGUGUAUGCUAAAUUUAGUAGUACUUUUAACUAAAAAUACAUGUCUAAACAAGUAGAACUUCGCAAGAGAUAGCAUGAUGGCAUUUAUUUAUCUUGGAUUUUUGUUAUGUAUCCAGUUUGAUUUCGUUUCAAGAAUACUAAGAAAAACUUGGUUUGAUUUUGAUACUUGCUCCUCACCCUUUUCCUUCCAUUUUCCUUUGUUCUUACCUAACAUAGUGUAAAUAACUUAAUAUAUUUAUCCACAAAAUUUUUAGGAUUGAUUGUUGAAGCAUAAACCAGAAAGAAAGGCCAGCAAUGAACCACCCAAGCCAAGACGGAAAAACACAUUAAAAUAGAAUUGUGUAGUUGCAGCAUUUGCCGAGCAGUCCACUACUUUCACAGCACAGCCUAAUUGUCCAAAAGCAUUAACUCAAAAUCUAGAAAAGGAAAUCAAAUGAAAAUUUUACAGCACAGAUGUGAUUGAUAUCCAACCAAGUCAAACAGAGCAUAUUUUUAGUGCAUCUUCCCAAGUAUGGUUAAAAGCCAACAGCAAGCAUAAAUAAAUACUCACAUGUCUAACAUAAAGCCUUAGGGACCCAACCAUCAUAAACAAGCCAUGUUAUAAACUGCUCCUAUCAAUGAAGUAACAGCCAUUUAUAUUGAAUAUCAACAAAUUAAGUACAUAUACAAAAAGGUUAAUGUAAUGAAUGACCUCUACACUAAGGUAAAAUGUUUCAUAUAAUACCUUAACUUAAAAAAAUCUUUAAUGUGAUACUAAACUAUGAAUAUAUUAACUAAUGUGAUACUUACCUCUAGCAUGACUAACUUCAAAUGAUAACAUAUGACGAACAAUAACUUUUCAAGUACCACGUUAUUUAACAGAUUUAUAAUUCAAGCAACAAAUUAAAGAUUUUUAAAAUUCAAGUGUCAUGUUCAACAUUUUAUUAUAGUUUAAGGAUCAUUCAUUAACCUCACUGAAAACAUCAUGCUUCUUUGACAACAAAUAACCCUUCAAGAACUACAUUAUUUAACAAAUUCAUAGUUCAAGCAACAAAUUAGAGAUUUUUGAAGUUCAAGGAUCACAUUGAACAUUUCACUAUAAUUUAAGAGCCAUUCAUAACAUUAAUCUUAUUAAAAACAUCAUAUUUCGUUGUAUAUCAUAGCUGCUCGUUCUCAUUUCUCAAACAUAAGUUCUCCUACACAAUAUCAUCCAUUGACCUCAUAAAUAGAUCUGCUUAUCCAUACCAUGAUAUUACUGUUUAUUCUUCUACGCAUUUUAUUCCUUUUUCCACAUCAAUCAGAGGUCUGAGGUCGCUUCAUAAUCCCUUGACGAAAGUAAAUCCUCCUUCACAACAUCUCCCUUUGGGAUGAAGGAUAACAACAAACUAGUGAUUAUACAAACUCAGGCAUACCGAUAAAAAAAGCAGUGGGCCUUAUCCUUACUAAAGAAUUGAGGGACAACCAGUCAAGUAAGCAUUUGUCCUCAUUGAAUUAUGAAUUCCUAGAGGAUCUCAUCCAGUGAACCAUAUUAUUUGUCAGUUAACUUAUACAUAGUAAAUGAGCAA